GUACGAUAUGUGUUAGAAAGUUAUUAAUAUAUUUUUUAAGUGUAAACGAAACAUCGACAUUAUUUUCAAAGGUUUCCUACUAACAAUUUUGAUUAUUACUAUCUAGUUGUUAUUAUUUUCGUAUAGAAUAGAUUAUGCAGAACAAAUAUGAACUAGCGUGAAAAGCCGGAUAUGCAAUAAUUUUUACACUACAUUCUAGAAGAGUGAAUACAAUUGUUCAUACAUAUAAUUAUGGAAGAUUCUAUGGAAGCACAAAAAUGGCAGCAACAUUUAUCUUUAUUGCGAGAACAGUAUGUUAAUUUAUACAAUACAAAUACAGAACUUCAACGAGAAUAUGCCAUUGUUACUGCAAAUAAACAAGAUACUGGAUUUAUCGGUAGACUCUUAACAACUAUAGCAUCAUUAUAUGGGGACUAUCGCUAUAGUGAUGUAACUAUCAAAUUAAGUAAUCAUGUAAUGCCAGCACAUAAGUUUGUUUUGUCUGCUAGAACAGAUUUUUUCAGUGAUUCAUUACUUCAUGAAAAAAGUAUUUUAGAUUGGACUUAUUUGGAUCCUAAUGUUGGAUUAGUCUUGUUGAAAUGGAUGUAUACCGGAAAAGUGUUACAACAGAAUAUAACAUUAGAUGUAAUGAAAGCAGCAUCUAGUUUUCAGUUGUCAGAAUUGGUUGAACAAUGUGAGAAAUAUUUCAUUGGAAUUGUGGGACUUAAAGAUUGUGUACAAUUGUACGCAGCUGCUGAAGAGUUAGGUGCUCAAAAAUUAAAAGAGCAUUGCAGUUCUUUAAUUUCAGUACAUUGGGAAGACUUAACAGGAGAAGACUUUAAAGAAAUGCCUGGUUCUUUGUUAUACAAAUUGUUGCAGACCAAAAGUAAAUAUCCAUUACAUGCUGCUAUUCGAUUGAUGAGAGAGGAUGUGGUUUUUUUAUAUUUAGUGGAAAAUAAUUCAGGGUUAACGAAAGCUGUUAAUGCCCUUGAUCAAAAAGGAGAAAUGCCUUUAGAAGUUGCUUUAAAAACACGUCAGCCAUCGUUAGCACGUACUUUGGUUAAACACGGAGCCGAUUUAAGCGCGAAAGAUUCAAAAGGUCUUUCUUUACUUCAAGCUGCUAUUUUUAAAGGAGACUCGUAUUCGGCAGAAUUUAUAAUAGACCAACUAGAAAAUAGUGGAAAUAUGCAACAAUUAUGUGAGGCUGUAAAGCUUACAGGAAAUAUGCGAGACAUAAAAAAUCUCGAAGAACUUGAAGGGUGCACUGCCUUACAUUUGAUAACAAAACAUAAUUCAGAAAAUAUGUUAGCAGUUGCAUCUCGAUUACUCCAAGCUGGAAUCAAUCCUAAUUUACAGAAUCAUGGAGGAUGGACUGCCUUACAUAACUGUGUUCAUGAAAAAAACCAACCACUUUUUAAUAUUUUAUUACAAUGUGAAAACAUAAACUUGGAUAUAACUACCAAUGAAGAUGACACUCCAUUAUGUAUUGCAAUGAAAGUAAAUCCAUUCAAUGAAUUUUUUGCUGAAAAACUUUUGGCCAAAGGUGCAACUGCCAAUCCUGUAUAUAAAAAUACAGAAGACACUUUGCUACAUGUUUUGAUAAGGGAAUAUAAAGAAGAAGCAUCAUUGUUUUUAAUUGACUACUGCAAAGAUAAUUUAAUGCAAAAAAAUAAUGAAGGAUAUUCAGUUUUACAUGAAGCUUGUAAAGUUGGUUCAAAGAAUUUAACACGAGCUUUAUUAAAAGCUGGUUUUUCAGUUGACAAUAUUGCAAUGUCUACUGGAGAUGCACCAAUACAUAUUGCUGUUUCAAAUUUCUAUUUUGACAUUGUAAUGGAAUUAUUAGAUGCACCUAAUUCGAAUUUUCAACUGGAUUUAAAAAAUAAUGCAAAUGAAACACCUUUAAGUUUGGCUAUUAAAGCUCCAUUUAAAAAAAGUAAAGAUAUUGUUUUAGCUUUAAUAAAAGCUGGAGCAAAUAUCAAUCAAUGCAAUAAAGAAGGUUUCACAUUACUGCAUCAAGCAAUAUUAAAAGAGAAUUCAGCAACAGCGAUCUUUUUGUUAGAAAAUGGUGCAGAUAUGAAUACUAGGUAAAUAAUAUUUGUCAUGGUGUUAAGUAUUUGGAAUGAACAGUAUUUAAUUUUAUAUUAUUUAUAUAUUAAACAAUCUGUACAUUGUAGACUAGGUGAAGUUGUAGAAGCACUUUGUAAAAGAGGUGCAGACACUUCUGCAGGAUGUCCAUUAUGGGAUGCAUUGGAUUCAGAUCAAGAAGAUGUAGCAUCUAUUCUAGUUAAAUAUGGAGCAGAUACUGAUUGUUGGGGUCUUGGUCCAGAGGGUUGUCAACAAACGUUAUUACACAGAGCAAUUGAUUACAGCAAAGAGGAUAUUGCACAAUUUCUUAUAAGAAGUGGCUGUGAUUUAAAUGCACCUAGAAGAUUUGGUCCAGAUGGUGCUGGAGGUGAUGAAGCAAGAGAUGAAUGUACUCCAUUACAUUUAUGUUGCCAAUGGGGUUUUGAACAAGUUGCACAGACGCUUAUCGAACACGGUGCUAAUGUAAACGCUCGAGAUGCAGAGGGAAAAACUCCAGUUCAUAUAGCCAUACAAAAUCAACAUUCGCAAAUUAUUUCUUUGUUACUCUGUCAUCCCAAUAUAGACUUAAAUAAACGUGAUAAGAAAGGUUUAACACCAUUUGCAACAGCUUUAACAUUUCGGAACAAUAAAGCUGCACAGGCGAUUUUGGAGCGGCUACCAAAAGCUGCUGAACAAUAUGACAAUAAAGGCAGAAACUUUAUACAUACUGCUAUUCAAAAGAAUGAUAUGGAGAGUAUUUUAUUCCUACUAUCUAUACAGGUAGAUGUAAAUUCUAGAGUUAAUGAUGUUACACAAACUCCACCUUUACAUCUUGCUGCAGUUUUGGGAAAUGAAAUAUUAGUAAGAAGUUUAUUUUUGGCUGGUGCACGUGUUAAUGAUACAGAUGCAAACAGAAAUACUGCAUUACAUGCUGCUGCAAAAGCAGGUCAUGCAGCAAUUGUAUCUGCUUUAUUAGAGAAUGAUAUUAACUUUGAUGCAGUAAAUGCUGAUGGUGACAAUGCAUUGCAUGUAGCUGUAAGAGAAGGUCAUGUUUCUGUAGUAAGAACACUUUUGAUUGAAUGCACAUUGGAUGCAGAAGCAGUAAACCUUAAAGGAAGAAAUCCUUUACACGAAUUAGCCAGGUGUGGGAAAGAUAAUGCUGCAACUAUAUGCGAACUUUUUUUAGAAUGUAUGUCACAAUAUCCAGUAAAUAAUGCAGAUUUGGAUGGUAAUACGCCAUUAUUAAUAGCUUACAUGAAAGGCAAUGGUCAGCUGUGCCGCACUUUAGUAAAGGCUGGUGCAUGUUUAGGUUCUAUGAAUAAAGAAGGCAUUACAAUUUUUAAUUAUCAAGUUGCAACAAAACAAUUAUUAUAUAGACUGCUAGAUUCCUUGACACUAGAAGCACCAUGGGCUGAUAAAGAUCUUUGUUUGGAAUGUGGUACAAAAUUUUCACUUACAAUGCGAAAACAUCAUUGCCGUCAUUGUGGUCGAAUUUUGUGUAAUAAAUGUUCAGAUCAAGACGUUCCAAUCUUAAAAUUUGGAUUAAAUAAGCCAGUCCGUGUUUGUGCAGUAUGUUUUGAUGUAUUACAACUAGGUGCAGAGUGA